AACAUGCACAAUCUGUGGGUUAAAGCUGGUGAAGGUUCUGGGGUGGAGGAGGCUGCCAAGAGACCAUUUCCUAAUGAUAUUGGCAAGGCUGUGUCUGCUGGUUGGGCCGAAGGAUACAAGGUAGAACUGGAGAGGCUAAAACUUACGUAUGAGGCAAAGAGUGAAAUCCUGGAAUCUCAGUUGACAAUUUUGAGGAAGGACUUGGCUGAAUAUCAGAAAAAUUAUGAAGAUCUUAAAGGACGGCUAAAACACAAAGAGUUUCUUCUCGCUGCGAACACCUCCAACCGUGUUGGUGGUCUGUGUUUGAAGUGUGCUCAGCACGAGGCUGUUCUGUCCCAAACCCAUAACAACGUACACGUCCAGACCAUGGAGAGACUGACUAAAGAAAGAGAUGACUUAAUGUCUGCACUCGUUUCUGUGAGAAGCAGCUUGGCAGAUAUGCAGCAGAGAGAAACAAGAGCCUAUGAACAGGUGAAGCACGCUGUACAAAUGACUGAAGAAGCCAAUUUUGAAAAAACCAAGGCUUUCAUUGAGUGUGAGCAGUUGAAGAAUGAGCUGGAGAGGCAGACCGAACGACUUGAAAAAGAACUUGCAUCUCAGCAAGAAAAAAGAGCCUUUGAGAAAGAGAUGAGGAAAAGAGAAAUAAACAAAGAAAGGGAGGAUGCUGAGUCAAAGAUAUUGGUCCUGUCUCAGAACAUUAUCCAUCUGGAGGCUGAGGUGGAAAAGGUUACGAGAGAGAAGAUUGCGGCUAUUGGUCAACUGGAGGAAAUUCAAACGCGGCUUGCUUCUCAGGAAGUAGAUGUCACAAAGGUGUGUGGAGAAAUGCGCUUUCAGUUGAAUAAAACCAAAAUGGAGAAGGAUGAGGCCGAAAAGGAGCACAGAGAAUACAGAGAAAAAACUAAAAGGGAGCUUGAAAUGAAAGAUCAGGAGAUAGAGAAAUUGAGACUAGAACUGAGCGAAAGCAGGCAGCACGUGGAGCAGGAGCAGCAGAAGGCAGCCCGGGCCAGAGAGGAGUGCCUGAAAGUAACAGAGCUGCUGGGGGAAUCUGAGCACCAACUGCACCUCACCAGACUGGAAAAAGAUAGCAUUCAGCAGAGCUUUAGCAACGAAGCAAAGGCCCAAGCCCUCCAGGCCCAGCAGAGAGAGCAGGAGCUGACACAGAAGAUACAGCAAAUGGAGGCCCAGCACGACAAAACUGAAAAUGAACAAUAUUCAUUGCUGACCUCCCAGAAUACAUUUUUGACAAAGUUGAAGGAAGAGUGCCGUACCUUAGCCAAGAAACUGGAGCAGAUCUCUCAAAAAAGCAGAUCAGAAAUAGCUCAGCUCAGUCAAGAAAAAAGAUACAUGUAUGACAAACUGGAAAAGUUGCAGAGGAGAAACAGUGAGUUGGAGGAGCAGUGUGUGCAGCAUGGGAGAGUUCACGAGACAAUGAAGGAGAGGUAACAGGUUUACUGAUCAACAGGGUGCCACAGACCAAGCAGAGGGGGACUGCAUGGAGUACGCAGAGGGUAGGCUCGUUACUCUACCCUGUUAAAGGUUGUGGUAGAAAUCUAAUCCUUUUCUGUAUUUGUGCUUCUUCAAUUUAGGGUGUGAGUAUAUGCAGAGAAGACAGCAUGUUCUCUUUUCACUGUUCUCCAAAAACAUAGAAUUAGAUUUAAUACAGAAUAGUGGAGGAAAACCAUUCACCUUUAAGGUUUAAGUUGGUAAUAUUUUAAUACAAAGGAAUUUCAGAAACUUUCCUUCUAGAAAUUAGAUUUUAUAUGCUUUAUGUAAUUAGACCUAUAUCUUAUCAGAGCUUGCAUUGAUCGUAUUGCAACUAUUAGACUUGACUCUAAACCCUUGGCCUUUUGAUUUUUAGAGACAGGGUCUACUUUGUAGUCUAGCUGGUCUCCAACUUGGAAUCCUCCUGCCUCAGCCUCCCAAGUUUUGGGAUUACAUGUGUACAUCACUACAGUUGGCUUUUCUUGGCUUCUUUCAAAUGGCAUUACUUUGAGCAGGUCCUUCAAUCUGUCUGUGCAUCUUCCUUCUUUGCCCACAUAUUAGUGCUGAUAAUACUCACCUUGAUAUAAAGAUCAACUAAAGGACCUGGUUGAUAAUAGCACCUGCUAAAUGCAUCAGUAAUUAUUUCUCAGUUCACAGGGACUAAUGGAUUUGUUCAAAGUCACAGAUGGAAUGAGUAGUAGAGUUCAAGCACAGUCUUGACUUUUUGACUCUGAGUUCCUUUUCCCUUUUAUGUUGUAUUGGAUUUUUGUUGUUGUGGCUUGGUAAGAAACAUAGUCCCUCAAUAUUUUUUAUGAAUGUGCCAUUUCUAAUUUCUGUGUCAUAAUGGAUUCCCCAAGAACAAAAAUCCAUGUAUUGUAUAGCCUGCAGUGAACUGGUUUCUGUAAAUUUGAGCUUCCAUACGACAAUUGCAAUCUCAAUAGCAGCAAUCGAGUCAGCCUUCUGGAGAUCUUUUCUUGGCAUCUUGUGCCCAUUCCCCAGCUAACCCAGGCCUUCUCUAUUUAAAAACAGCCACUGA